UCGCUUGGCCCGAGCGAGAGAGAGCAAGAAGGCAUCGGAGAAGAAGUUGAUGCUUCCCGGCGUGGACCGCGUUUCCGGCAGAAAGCAAAAGAGGUACAAAAACUUCCCUGUUCUGGUAUUCUCAAAGCUCUCCUGAUUACUCAAACAUCCAUGGACGACAUAUUCGAACAGACCCUCAACUUGGAACAGAAACACUUCGACCAAGGCUUCGCCGACGGCCACAAAGACGGCCUCGUCGCCGGAAAAGAGGAGGCCAGGCAAGUCGGCCUCAAAGUCGGCUUCGAGGUCGGCGAGGAGCUCGGCUUCUACAAGGGCUGCGCCGACGUCUGGAGCUCCGCGAUCCGGGCCGACCCGACCCGGUUCUCGGCCCGGGUCCAGAAGGGCGUGAAGCAGAUAGAGGAGCUGGUGGGGCGGUACCCAGUUAUGGAACCCCAGGAUGAGAGAGUGCAGGAGAUCAUGGGGGAGUUGAGGUCCAAGUUUAAGGUGGUCUGUGGUUCUUUGGGCGUCAAGUUGGAGUACAAAGGGUACCCAAAGGGAGAGGAAAUGUUAAAAUUGAUGCUUGGUUGCUGCAAGGUGUACAUUUCUGAGAGCAGAAAUAGGCUUGCACUGGAGUCGAUUGAGCGAGCUGCUAAGAGAUUCUCAGAAGUGCCUAUUGUCAAUAAGUUUGAAGAUGAAACCUACAAUAGAGUUGGGUACACUCUUGUCUCUAAGCUGGCUCCUAAGCCUUCUGGGGAACCUUGCACCUUGAGGAUGGCUGUCCUUGCCAUGGUUAAGGCUGCUUUUGAAACCAUUGACCUUGGAUCGCACAGUGGAAGUCAUCCUCGGCUUGGAGUUGUAGAUCAUAUAUGCUUUCACCCCCUUCUUGGUGCUUCCUUGGAACAUGUGGCUGGUGUUGCAAACUCCUUGGCAGAAGAUGUUGGCUUUGGUCUUCAAGUCCCUACAUUUGUCUACGGAGCUGCCCAUGAAGAGAGGAGGACACUUGAUUCAAUUAGAAGAGAGCUCGGUUAUUUCAAACCGAACUCCGACGGACAACAGUGGUUUGGGGGUCCAAAAUCAGAAUACUUGGCACUGAAGCCAGAGAAGGGUCCCCCUCAAGUUACUCAAGAGAAAGGUGUCAUUGUGAUUGGAGCAACCCAGUGGGUGGAUAACUAUAAUGUCCCUGUCCACUCUACUGAUAUUUCUGCUGUUCGUAGAAUAUCGAAACGUGUGAGUGGCAGAGGAGGUGGACUUCCUUCAGUCCAAGCCAUGGCACUCGUGCAUGGUGAAUCUGUCACGGAGGUAGCUUGCAAUUUGUUGGAACCACAGGAAGUGGGUGGAGACAGGGUUCAGCUUGAAGUUGAACGGCUUGCAAAGGAAGAAGGUUUGACAGUGGGGAAUGGCUACUUCACUGAUCUUUCUCAAGGCAAAUUAAUUGAAAGGUAUUUGCAGUCAGUUCCUACCUGAACAGAAAUGAAUUAAGAUUUAUUUUCAAAAAGAAAAAGAAAAAAGAGACCUUGUAAUAGUUCACUGUCCUACAUAUUCACGAGUUAUCGACUUGUAUCCUAUAUGAAGAGAUUGAAUUGAGCACAUAGGUGUCUUCACAAAGCUGUGGAUCUACAUACCAUUGGUUUAUUACUAGUGUCUCAUCUUUGAUACUUUAAGCUCAAAGAGAAGAAUGCAUUAACAUUUAACAGAGUUCUAUCAUAUUGAGGCUCAUUCACAUUGAUGCAGUUUCUCCUAAUCACAGAAUUUCCCUCUGUAUAAUUUGAAGGCUCUCUUUCAAGAAUGUGUUGGAUUUCCGAAAUGAAGCUAGUGUAUUGGAUCAUCAUCCACAUUGUUAAUGGGAUUUGUGCUGAAUGUGUACAUAUGGUUGGAGCUUCUCCAUCUGUCUUUGUCAAGUCAUUGUCCCAAACAUGUCCUUAACACUUAAAAUUGUCCUU